GCUUCAAAGGAAAACGUUACAAGUGGAUGUGUGGACGGGAAAAACGAGAAGCCGAAGAAGAAGAAAUCCCCAGCUGGGGGAGGGUCUCUGAUGCGACAGUAUUCAAGUUCAGGAUCCGAGAAGUCGACGCGGUCAACGGCUGUCCAGAAACUAGAGGUAAACAAUACUGGAUACAGUUAUUUCCUGGAGACGCCGAUCUCAACCACACAAAGAAGACACGAAGACAGGGUCACAUAUCUUAACAAAAGUCAGUAUUACGGUCUCAGUCUCGAGUUCAACAAUCAGGAACGUAUUAUCAAAUGUGCUGUUGUUAAGUCUGUGAUAAUUCUGGCAUUCAGAGAAGAGAAGCCAAUGGAGGACGAGCGAAAAGCCUGGGAAUUUUGGCAUGGGAGACAACACAGUUACAAGCAAAGAAUCCUAGACAUAGAUACAAAAAACUGCCAAGGUGUGUCGCCACAGAACAUAGAAGAACUGGCUUUCAACGCUGUUGCUGUCAAAUGGAAUCCCAGUGACGGGCCUGUCAGGGUCAACAUCGCUGUGCAUUGUUUAAGCACAGACUUCAGUAACCAGAAAGGCGUGAAAGGUAUCCCCCUGCACAUCCAGAUCGACACUUACGAACAAAGUCCCAAAGAGAAUCAACUCGUUCACCGAGGCUACUGCCAAAUAAAGGCUUUCUGUGACAAGGGAGCAGAACGAAAAACUAGAGAUGAGGAAAGACGAAAAGCAGCCAAAGGAAAACCAGAGGAGUUCAAUAAUGUUCCAGUCAGCGUUAAAAGUCGAAAGAAGGUGGAGGACGCCUUCCAUGAACCAUGCGAAAGGUCAGAGUUCUACUCCAUGGCUAAUACCACAACAGCUCCAGUGUUUUUCAACCCUCUUCACGAGAACAGUGAAUUCAUCCACAAGUCAUUAACUUUAGGUGUGGUACCGCCCAUAGAGGAGGAGGUGUCUAGUCUGCCAAACAAACUCGAACUUCCGGACUCCUGCGAUGACUACUACGUGAGUAGCCCUGUAAAGAGACCGAGGAGGGAUUCUGGCUGUAAUCUCAAAGACCAACAAAAAGUUCUGCUGUAUAUCAGGGAGCGCCAUGAGGCUGCAUAUACAGCCCUUAUGUUGGAAGUACCAACUCUCCACGGUUUGUUGAGAUCUAUCGAGCUGAAAUAUUCUAUUGCUCCAUCAAAAGUCAAACAUGUGUACAAGAAGUCAAGGAAGGGGAUUCUAGUAAAACUCGAUGACAACAUCGUGCGACAUUAUUCCCAUGAAGCCACCUUCAUCAUCGAAACGAACGUACUCAAUGAUAAUGGAGAGUAUGAGAUCAUUUUGGUGGAAAUUGACGCAGUGUCUUCCUAG